AUGAACUUGAAUAGUUUUAAUCCUGUCCUCUCUCUCGGAGUCGACCGCCAAAAGGACCGUCACCGAACUGGUCAGCCUCAGGCUCAGUCUCCCCGACCACGUCGUGCUGCACCUGAAAAGCGCGAUUUGUUGCUCACGGCUAUCAGCAACUCAGUAUCGGGCUCUUUCCACUCAUCUGAGUUACUCAACACGGGAAUGCCAAACAGUCCUGCACCCUCUACCUCACUGCCGGGUGGCAACUCGCAAAACAGCAAUAACAACAUCAUUCCGACGGGCCGCACCUCCUCGUUCCAGUUCUCAUCCCACGGCAGCGAAAAUCUAUACGCGGAUGUCACCGAACUUCGCAAAGCCGUCUCCGUCGAACUCUCUGGGUCUUGGGUCUUCGAAGAGGCCUCCCAGGAGAACCCGUUGCAUCAACGUCUCUGCGACAAGCUUGAUGCCACCCACCCAGAGUUGCAUCAAAAGGUGAAGGAUUGGCUUCGCAACUACCAGGGUUACAACAACAAAACGAAGGAGUGGAAGGCUAUUCCACAAGACCAGUCGUCAGAGAAAGCUCUCUACGAACCAACAAGACAAAUCUUCGACGACAUCGUCGUUGGCUUUCACAACGACAAAUCGAAGGAGAAAACCCGAAACAGGAAGCCGAAGCUCACUCGCAAAGUCAUCAUCACCGCCAACGAAAAAUUCAAGCACCACAUCAGUGAUGGCGUGAUCCCCACCUCAAUUAAAUCGUGUUUCGACAUUGGCAUUUUCGGGACUGGACCUUCAGCCGCCUCCGAGCUCGAACUUCCAGAGCCGCCGUCCUAUGAAGAUGUGGCGACGCCGGUAGAAAUAAAAAAGGAUGAUCGGGAAGUCCUGGAGGUUGCCAAAUCGCCUGAAGUUCAGGAGCAAAUCGCCGUCUAUGCUCGCGAGGUGCUUGUUCAGCAACCGAACCGCAACUUCGUGCGAGUUCCCCUCAUGUCUGGGAAAUACAUGCGCGUUGCCCACUUUGACAGGGCGGGGGCCCAUGUCUCGCCUGCGUUCAACUACCACGAGGAGGCCGUUACCUUCGUCAAACUCAUCUGGCUGUUCAGCUCACUCAACGAGGCGGAAGUCGGUUACGACACCUCCAUUUACUGGGAGAAUGGUACUCGCUAUAUCGAAGUCGCUUCUCCCUCUGUCUGGGAUCCAACUGCUAAGUGCUGGAUUGCUUCCCUUGGCCCACCGAGGAAGUUGAAGAUCGUGCCACUGGAAGGCGAACUGCGUCCGCUUGAUCCCGUCUUUUUCCGACGCGCUAUUCGCUCAAGGGGCACAAAGUGCUGGCUGGUGGAAGGGCCCAACGGGGAGCGGUUCUACCUCAAGGACUAUUGGAUGGGGGCAGAACGCACUCCCGAGUCUGACCUCCUCCAAAGGGUCGCUGGUAUCUUCGGCGUUGGCCAAAUGCAUCUUUGGCAGAACAACAUCGCGACCAUUUACGCCCAACGUUGCCAUCAACCUGACGAGCAGAUAUUCGCGACUUAUGUGACUGGCCGGCUUGUGGGGAACCGCGCUCUGAUGCGGAUCGUCCUCGACCGCUACGUGGGGACUUUCGAGGAGGCGGAAACCGCCAUCGAGCUUCUUGAAGCGACUCGCGAUGUUGUUUGUGGUCACAGAGACGCUCUUAUCGAGAAACGAGUCCUUCAUGGCGACAUCAGCUUCAACAACCUCCUUAUAACCGAGAACUCGCGGUCUCCGACGCCCAGCCCCAACAAGCCCAAGGGUGCGCUGAUCGACUUCGACAUGGCCCGGUUUGUGCUGGAGAGCGAGGAAGGGCAGUUUACCGAGGGAAAUACUGGUACUCGCGCCUUCCAGUCGGUCAAGUUGUUGCUUGAAAAUGCGCUGCUCGGCGCCCACGACAACAUGGACGAUUUGGAAUCCGUGUUCUACGUGCUCUGCUACGUGUGUCUGGCCCAUGACCUAGAUGGGAGGUUGUUGAAUCCGUUACCGAAAAUGAUUGCCUCAUGGACAACCACGCAAAACGAGACGACACUGGCAAACGUUAAAAAAGGUUUCCUGAGGGAAGGCCUUGGGUCUCUUGUGCGGCGAUUUGACGGCGACGAGCGCAAGAUCAUGCGGGAGUGUCUAAACGACAUGCGCCGAUUUUUCUUGCCUCGCAUUGAAGCCUUGGCCUCGAUUCUCGAAGAACAAGCUAUCAAUCUCGAGUCAGACGAGCCAGCCCCCGAGCCAUUGAGUCAUACAUUUGACGAGGCUCGCGAUGACGAGUAUCCACAAUUCAUUGCUCUUAUCGACGCGUCUCUCGCCAAAUUGAGGGCACUUCCGCCGAAACCCGCUAGCACUCCCUCUAGUCCGGGAAAACGACAGCAUCCAGAGGCGGAAGAGACCCCUACCUCCUCCGAAUCGACGUCUCCUUCGAGUCUCAAGCGUCAAAGAAAGGUGGCUAACUGGCAACCACUAGCGCAACCCAAGUUUCGCACUCGAGAACGGGAUCAAGAUAGCUAG